GGCCGGCCCAGCUUGUUGGUAGCUAGGCCUCUGCUUGGGAGUCAUCGCGCCCGGGAAACAGGCUUGGUAAGUUCUCGGACAGAGAAGAGCACUGACUGAAUCUUGAGAGAGAAAAAGAUAGAAUCAUGAAGAUUACAACCGUCUUUGUGAUCCUUUCCCUGGCAAAUUGUUGCUUCUUUUUUGGCACUGGGGCUUCAGGAAAGAAGAUUGACUGCAGUGAAUAUCAAAGCCAAAAUAAAAUUGAGAGGAUUUACUGCUCCAAGAACUAUGCCCCAGUUUGCGGAACUGAUUUCAAUACUUAUGGCAACAAAUGCAUACUGUGUACCAGAAUCUUAGAAGGAGACAAGAUAGAUGUGGCACAUGAAGGAGAAUGUGUUGACUGCUUUAAGUAUCCACCACCACCAAAGGGUUGUGCUGGUGACUGCCCCAAAGCAUACAUACCAGUAUGUGGCACUGAUGGCGAGACCUAUGUCCAUACAUGCAUCUUGUGUGCAAAAAUCUGGUCAACUGGAGUUCCAAUUGGCAUACGGCACAAAGGACAGUGCAUCUCACAAGGUUAAGUAGAAGAGCAGGCACCAAGAAGAAUGGCUCAUGUUCCAAAAAACACGGAGUUCAUGAUUUAUAAUAUCUCUUGGUCCAAUGUGUGCUUGCUCAAAUGCCUUGGCUACAUAGAACGGCUUUCU